GACAGCUGGGAACUCCCGGAGCGUGAGGCAAGUGGGGUGCAGGCAGAGGGCCGAGAGAAAGAAGACAGGAAGAAGGGGCUGCCCGACACUGAUCGCCAUGACCUUGGAGGCAGCCCACGAGCUGGAGUGCGCGGCGCUGGGCGCGCUGCUGCGGGAACCGCGGGAAGCGGAGCGCACACUGUUGCUCGACUGCCGCCCCUUCCUGGCCUUCUGUCGCCGGCACGUGCGCGCCGCUCGGCCCGUGCCAUGGAACGCGCUGCUGCGGCGCCGAGUGCGGGGUCCGCCCGCCGCCGCCCUUGCCUGCCUGCUGCCCGAUCGGGCACUGCGGGCACGCCUGGCCCGCGGGGAGCUGGCGCGGGUCGUGGUGCUGGACGAAGGCAGCGCCUCGGUGGCAGAGCUCUGGCCCGACGGCCCGGCCCGUGUCCUGCUCACAGCACUGUUGCACGAGACCCGCAGCGGGUCCACCGCCGUCUGCUUCCUGCGAGGAGGCUUCGAAAGCUUCCAGGCCUGCUGCCCGGACCUGUGUACCGAGGCGCCCGCGCCUGCGCUGCCAUCUGCAGGACCCGAAAACAACAGCUCGGACCCCAGGGUCCCUUUGUAUGACCAGGGUGGUCCUGUGGAGAUCUUGCCUUAUCUCUUCCUGGGCAGCUGCAGCCACUCCUCUGACCUGCAGGGGCUGCGGGCCUGUGGCAUCACGGCCGUGCUCAACGUCUCGGCCAGCUGCCCCAAUCACUUCGAGGGGCUUCUCUGCUACAAGAGCAUCCCGGUGGAGGAUAACCAGAUGGUGGAGAUCAGUGGCUGCUUCCAGGAGGCCAUCGGCUUCAUCGACUCGGUGAAGAACAGCGGAGGCCGCGUGCUGGUGCACUGCCAGGCGGGCAUCUCACGUUCCGCCACCAUCUGCCUGGCGUACCUCAUUCAGAGCCACCGUGUGCGACUGGAAGAAGCCUUCGACUUUGUCAAGCAGCGCCGGGGGGUCAUCUCCCCCAACUUCGGCUUCAUGGGGCAGCUGCUGCAGUUUGAAACGCAAGUGUUGUGUCACUGAAGCAUGGCACCUGCCCGCCUCCCCAGGAAGCCAGCCCUCCUUGCUGAUUCCUGCCUGGGGCAAGCCGACUGUGUCCCUCCUUUUGGGGUGGGCUACUGCCUUUGGGACCUGGUGCUGUUCUGUCUGGAGUAUGAGGGCUGUCUACCCCUCCCCCCCAGCCCACCUGCUUGGACAAGGGAGGGACUUGGAGGUGUUCCUGCCUCCCCCCGACCUGGCAGGAAUGAAUUGGACUGACUCUGGCCUCACCACCAUCAUGUUGAAGCCCUUGGAAGCAGGAGUGCUCCAAACACAAGCUGUGACAACUGGGCGCCCCGUGAGGGGGCCUGGAGCCUGAGCCCCUUUGUCCUGGGGGCCUUGGGCUGGGAUGCGAGUUGUGUGCCUGACGGGACAGGCAUGUGCGUCGCGUGUAUGUGGGUGAAUGUGGCUGCCCAGUGGGCGCUCAGAAAGUUCCCAUGUUCUGACAAUUACCCUCUCUUCCCCACUUCCUCCCAGCCCUGUGCGCGGGGCUUGGAAACUAGCACUUUAUAUUUAUACGGAGCGUUGAAAACGCGUGAAUAAAGUAUUGUUUUGUU